AUGUUUUGCUGUGAUGGUAUUUCAACUGGAAAUCCAGGAGUUGCUGGUUUAGGAGUAGUUGUAAGACAUCAUUCAUGUCAAGUUUUGGGUGUGCUGGCUGGAGGAGUUGGAACUGCAACAAACUAUAUAGCAAACGCAUAUGCCAUCAUAUGUGCAGUGGAGUUAGCUGUUGAAUGGAAGAUCUCUGAUAUCAUAAUCAAUUCAGACUCUCAAACUGUGUUGCAGGAAUUUGAAGAAAACAGAUUGCCAUGGAUGAUUAAAAUGAGAUGGAUCAAAGCAAGUGCUCAGAUUUAUUCCAUUCAGUUUAUACAUAGUUUCAAGGAAACUAAUUUUUCUGCAAAUGCUGCUGCAAAAAAAGGAGCUAUUCUUGGUGCAGGUCAAAGAAAGUGGUAUUCUGGAAGACCAGGUUUCCUUGCAAGAAUUGAACAGCCUAAUAUUACAUAUUACAGAAUGUGUUAG